UUAGUGUUAAAGGCAGGUGCAACAAAACGAUAGAAAGUACAAUGUGUUUUCCCGAGCAUACACACAGUGCAGGGGCAGAGGAAACCCCGAAUCAGAGUCUUAAAGAGACAAACACCCAGAGCAUUACAGUACCUUAUUUGAACGAAUGAUUUGACAUCGCAAGCGUUUUCCUCGCUGUGUGUGUGGAGUUUAAAGACGCUCCCUUAAGAAUUAUAUCUGCGUAGAGUCUCGGCGCCAUCAUUGUUUUUCGUGUCUCGAAUAAAAGUGAAAGCAAAUGUUCAGAGUUAAUGUUUCUCCAUUUAAACAGCCAGAAUCGAUUCUAUACGGAAUAUCAAAGUAUUUCAUAGGAACUAAGCCAUGAUUUUCGUGUAGCUGCUUCAUAGAAAGGCGGUGGAUUUUGUGAAUCUGUGUAAAUAAGAGUCAGUGCUGGAGAUCAGAUUCUGUUUCAUCAUGGAGGACACACAAACAUCCACAGAUCAAGAGUUUUCUCCAGGAUGCAGUUCAGUUCAUCAGAAGAGAUCAGGAGCAGAGUCCAGCUGUGUGUCUGUGAGGAGUGAGGAGUCUAUGGAACCUCCAGAAAUGUUUAAGAGUGGAGAUACAAAGACUGAUCUCAGUUCAGUUCAUCAGAAGAGAUCAGGAGCAGAGUCCAGCUGUGUGUCUGUGAGGAGUGAGGAGUCUAUGGAACCUCCAGAAAUGUUUAAGAGUGGAGAUACAAACACUGAUCUCAGAUUAUAUCAUAGGAAGAGAUCAGGAGCAGAGUCCAGCUGUGUGUCUGUGAGGAGUGAGGAGUCUAUGGAACCUCCAGUAAAGUUUAAGAGUGGAGAUACAAAGACUGAUCUCAGUUCAGUUCAUCAGAAGAGAUCAGGAGCAGAGUCCAGCUGUGUGUCUGUGAGGAGUGAGGAGUCUAUGGAACCUCCAGAAAUGUUUAAGAGUGGAGAUACAAAGACUGAUCUCAGAUUAUAUCAUAGGAAGAGAUCAGGAGCAGAGUCCAGCUGUGUGUCUGUGAGGAGUGAGGAGUCUAUGGAACCUCCAGUAAAGUUUAAGAGUGGAGAUACAAAGACUGAUCUCAGUUCAGUUCAUCAGAAGAGAUCAGAAGCAGAGUCCAGCUGUGUGUCUGUGAGGAGUGACACAUCUAUGAAUCAGUCAUUAGAUUAUAAGAGUGAAGACACAAAGACUGAUCUCAGGUCUAAUAUUCUCUAA